AUGGCUGAGAUGUUGGCGGACAUGGCUAAGAUGAACGAAAGUAACAAGACUGGGAAGGGUAAAGCGAAGGUGGACAUGUAUGCAAAGCUGGAGACGGAUGCGACAAUUAACAAGAAGGCGGGGCAAGGGAAGGAGCCAAUGUGGUGGUAUGAUUCACAGUUUGAUGAUUUUGAAAGAUUUUCCUGA